AUGAAACGUGUCAUUUUCUGCUCAGGGCAGGUCUAUGCUGCCCUUUUCAAGCACCGCGAAACUCAUGACCUGAAGGAUACAGCCAUAACAAGAGUCGAGGAACUCCAUCCCUUCCCUUGGGAAGAGGUACGACAGAACCUCGAUGCUUACCCCAACGCAGAGGAUAUCGUCUGGUGCCAGGAGGAGACAUUAAAUGGGGGUUCCUGGAGCCAUGUAAUGCCGCACAUAGACCUCAUUUUGCAAAAGACAAAGAGUCAUGGAGAUAAAAAGGUGAGAUUUGCAGGGCAAGACCCGGCAUCAGGUGUGGCUGUGGGGUAUAAGGUACUGCAUGCACUGCAGGAGCAGAUGCUGUUGAAUGAUGCUUUUCAGAUUGAGUGGCUGCUUAGCUAUGACUGUUUCAGUUUCACCGAUAUAGAGCUAGAGUUCGCAAGUUGGCAGCUUCCCUUCUAUAAGCACCACACCGAAGGAUGUCUUUGGGAAGCCUUCGAAUGCAAUGGAAGUAAUCCUCGAACCGAGAAGGGCGCCUAA